AGGAUUCUAUGAUCUCAUUGUUCUGAGGAGAGGAAGGGCGGCUCUGCACAGCUUCCUUCUCCAGAAACGCUGCUCGGAGGCGCAGUUGAUACAAGAUCCGCAGGAGCAGCUGGGGGAAGAGGCUCCACGUGAUGCCUUCGGGCAGCAUUUACCGAAAGUACGAAGAGUCCGACCAAGAGACGCUCACGGUCCAGGAGGCAGACAUGGCGCUGGGGAGAGCAGGGAGUUCCUUGCAGCAGUGCGGUACGGGCCUGGCUGGGGAGUCAAGGUCUGUCUUAGCCCUUUAUGCUGUGCACGCCAUGUCGUUCGUGCUGUGGGCCAUCCUCCUGGCCGUGCUGGUUGCCAAGAGCUCAGAGAUGUCCAAGGAGCUGGAGCAGUUGCGGACUGAUCAAUCCCUGCUGAGAGGCAACGGCUCCAAGGCAGCAAAGCAACUGCAGAUGCUCCAUUUCAACCAGUCCGCCAUGCACAGCAUUGAGGCAGAGCUGGCCAUCGAUCUGAAGAGGCUGCAGUCGGACCAGGCCCUGAUGAAAAAAGAAGUGAUGGAGGAUCUGGCCAAAGGGAAAAGCGACAGAGAUGACAUCAGGGCCCAAGCCUACCAGAUUCUGGAUACUAUCCAGAAAGGGAAAAACUCCAACUGCAGCAUUUGCCCGGCCAACUGGCUGCUGUAUGCAGGGACCUGUUACUACUUCUCCACGGAGCGUAAACACUGGUCCUAUGCUAAGCAGGCCUGCACUGACCAAGGGGGCCAGCUGAUUAUCAUUGAUAACGAACAGGAGCAGGAGUUUUUGGCGAAGAACGCCAAAGGGAAGCAGUACUGGAUCGGCCUGCACGACAUUAACAACGAAGGGACGUUCAUAUGGGUUGACAACAAUCCUCUCUCGUACAGCAACUGGAAUCGAGGGGAACCCAACGAUUACGGUGGUGGAGAGGACUGCGUGAUGAUGUUCAGAGAUGGGAAGUGGAACGACAUGCCGUGUGCAGCCAGUGAGGAAGGCUGGAUCUGUGAAAAGAAAUGGACUUGUUAGCUGUUCGGGAGGAACACGACGUAGGCAGCGCGUCUUCCUGCUCCUCUCUGGCCCCUUCCAUGUGCUGCCAGCUCUUUGUAAACUCCAUUGCCUUAAACCUCACCCACCUUA